CCCUGGUAAAGCUCGGCUCCCAGCCUUCCAGAGCAAAGUCAGUCCAACUGACUCCUACUGGCUUUGAGACUGGUUCACCCACUGGACAGGACUUAACAAAAGCGGGGACAAAAGCAAAGGGUUUAACCUCGCGCCCGCCCGUGCUCCGCUAUCGUGAUCAUUUCAGAACUUCCCGGGACUGUUCUCUACCUACCCACUCCCCAGAAUCUUCUGACCCAGAAAAAGAGAGUGGAACCCCUCCUCCCAGGAUGCCUGCAGUUAAAGUGCUUCCCAAAGCAGAGGGUCCUGGUUUUACUGGCACUGCUGAAAUUUGAGCCGCAACACUUACUGAAGCUAGAGCUACUAUUGAUUUGCCUUGAAGGAAGUGUACAUCUUGGGGAAUGUUACAUAAGCUCCCUGCAGUGUAUACAGUCUUCAAAAAAGUACUUGAAUCAAAACAAUGGCAAAUGCCCCUCCUCCACUCAAUAAUUCCUUCUAUGAAAAUGGGACUGUGUCACUUCAUUACAACUAUGUAGGAAAACUGAAAGAGAGAUUAAAGGACAAUGAAGGCAAUGAGCUGACAGAUGCUAUUUUCCUAGUCAUCUGCAGCUUCAUUGUCCUGGAGAACUUGAUGGUUUUGAUCGCCAUUUGGAAAAACAACAAAUUUCACAACCGCAUGUACUUUUUCAUCGGUAACCUUGCUCUUUGUGACUUGUUGGCUGGCAUAGCUUACAAAGUGAACAUCCUGAUGUCUGGAAAGAAAACCCUGAGCCUGUCGUUAACAGUCUGGUUUCUGCGGGAAGGCAGUAUGUUUAUUGCACUCAGUGCUUCCACUUGCAGUUUAUUAGCCAUAGCUAUUGAAAGACACCUGACUAUGAUUAAAAUGAGGCCUUAUGAUGCCAAUAAGAAGUAUCGGGUAUUUCUCCUCAUUGGGAUGUGCUGGCUUAUUUCCUUUUCCCUGGGUGCCUUACCCAUCCUGGGAUGGAACUGCCUUGGCAACCUUCCUGACUGCUCUACAAUUCUGCCCCUCUAUUCCAAGAAGUAUAUUGCAUUUUGCAUCAGUAUCUUCAUAACCAUUCUUGUGACAAUUGUGAUUCUUUAUGCACGCAUUUACAUUUUGGUGAAGUCCAGUAGCCGUAAGGUCACCAAUCACAACAACUCAGAAAGGUCCAUGGCACUGCUUAGGACAGUGGUGAUUGUAGUCAGCAUUUUUAUUGCCUGUUGGUCUCCACUGUUUAUCCUCUUUCUUAUUGAUGUUGCCUGCAAAGUUAAAGAGUGUGCUAUUCUCUAUAAGGCCCCAUGGUUCAUUGCCUUAGCUGUUCUCAACUCUGCCAUGAAUCCUAUCAUCUACACCCUGGCCAGCAAAGAAAUGCGGCGAGCUUUCUUUCGCCUUGUUUGUAACUGCCUGGUGAGACACAAAGUGACUCGCUCUUUGCCCAGCCAGCCAGCUCUGGAUCAAAGUAGAAGUAAAUCAUGCAGCAGUAACAACGGUAACAAUAUACCAAAGCCAAAGGAAGACUUCCCACAAAUCAAUGCCUCCUCAAGCAUCAUCGAAAAGACUGAAUCUCUAUACAAUGGGAUUUUUUGCCAGUGAAGCACCUGUUUUGAGAAAAGAACAAAGAGAAACCCUUUCCAAUUUCUGCAGACUUCAGUCAAAAGGGGAAACCCUAUCCAGCUCUUUGACUGUUUCUAUUUAUUGCAUGAAUCUCUUCAGUUUUGUUUCUUUGAAAGUUAUGACUCAGGAAGAUUUGCUUUAUUAUACCCAAAGCCUAUAAGCUGUGGGAAUAUGUACGUGAAGGAGUUGAUUAUACACUAUUGACUAUCUAGCCAAAUGUAGGCAAUGUCAGUGUUAGCAUCGCUCUCAAGGUUCUUCCAACUUUAAUAUGCACUGCAGACAACAGUGGAAACCGUACUCUAUAUGCCGCACUGCACUGUUUAUUAUCAUCUGGGGACAACCUCAAUGUAUCACAUAAUAUACAGUGCAUUUCGUGGCUUGCCUCUAGCUAUUGUUCUGAUAACAUCAUACGACACUUACUCCAGAAAGUAUAACUGCUCAUAUUUGUACAUUAAUAUGUUAAAUAGCAAUUACACUACAAAUGUUUACAUUAUGAUACAUAUAAUAUUGUAGCACACAGUGUUUGUUAUGAAACAGGCCAUACAAGAAUAUUGCUGUUUUAAAUAGUACGUAUGACUAUAUAGGAAGAAAUAAUUGUGAACUUAGUUGGCAAGUACCAGCUUAUAAACUGCCAGAGAUUAGAAUUCACCAAAGAGGGGCAGCUAAGUGGUGCAGUGGCUAGAGCACCAGCCCUGGAUUCAGGAGGACCUGAGUUCAAAUCCGACUU